UGCAAAGUAAAUUCGCCGCCAUUUUAGAGGGUUUUGUUCCGCAGAGGAGAAUUUUUUAUUGAGGGUAAAAUGGCAGACAAAGGUAGUGAUUCAGGAGAGGAAGAGGAUCCAACCAUUGCUGAAGAUGUUGUUGUCACGAAGUACAAAAUGGCGGGUGAUAUGGCAAACCGUAUUCUCAAGAAGAUCAUAGAUGCCACAACUGUUGGAACUACUGCACGCACAUUAUGUCAGAUGGGAGAUAACCUUAUUGAGGAGGAAACUAGCAAGGUUUUUAAAAAAGAAAAAGAACUGAAAAAGGGUAUUGCUUUUCCAACGUGCAUCUCAGUAAACCAUGUUGUCUGCCAUUUUUCACCCCUUUUGAGUGAGACUGACAUCCCCAUUAAUGAUGGUGAUAUGGUGAAAAUAGACCUCGGUGUCCACAUUGAUGGUUAUAUUGCAGUUGUAGGACACACAAUUGUUGUUGGUGCUUCUAAGGACAACAAAAUAACUGGUGCAAAGGCUGAUGUUCUUCUAGCAGCACAUUUAGCAUCUGAAGUAGCACAGAGGCUUGUGAAAGCAGGCAAUGAGAAUUAUACAGUCACAGAUCAAAUACAGAAAGUUGCCGAGGCCUUUCAGUGCAAGCCAGUCGAGGGAAUGUUAUCACAUCAACUGAAAAGAAACAUCAUUGAUGGUGAAAAGGCAAUUAUACAAAAUCCUAAUGAACAGCAAAGGAAAGACCAUGCCAAGUGUGAAUUUGCAGUACAUGAUGUUUUCGCAGUUGAUAUUCUAAUUAGCACAGGAGAUGGUAAAACCAAGGAGAAAGAUACACGAACAACAGUGUACAAAAGAACUGAAAACAACUAUCAGUUGAAAAUGAAGGCCUCUAGAGCUUUUUACAGUGAGGUGUGUAACAAAUUCACCACCAUGCCAUUUACUUUAAGAGCUUUUGAAGAUGAGAAAAAAGCAAAAAUGGGUGUCGUAGAAUGUUGCAAGCAUCAACUUCUAGAACCGUUUAAUGUCCUAUGGGAGAAAGAAGGAGAAUAUGUAGCCCAGUUCAAAUUCACACUUUUAAUCAUGCCUAAUGGACCAAUCAGGAUUACGCAGGGACCUUUUGACCCAGAAGUAAUACAAUCAGAGUACUCAAUAAAAGACCAAGAGAUUAAGGACAUACUUGCAACAUCAGCAAGCAGGAAAACUCAAAAGAAGAAAAAAAAGAAGGCUUCAACUAAGGCAUCCGAUGCAGUGGUAGCGGAAACAAAGAAUGGUGGAGAUGCUGGUGACUAAACAGUGACUGUUUGUUGUACAUGUACCCUGUUAUGUAAACUUUUCCUGUCUGGUUUUCAGCCAUGUUGCAUUGCUGGACAUGUUCCUCUAAGUCAAGUGGAAGUGUUUCUAAAGUGCAGAAAAUGUUAUUCUGGUCCAAGAGUCUGUCAAGUUGCAUAUUGAAUGUCUACACUUAGAGAACAAGUGUUGAAUAAAAUUACCUUUUUUUUCUUGCUGA